GGAAUGUGUGCUAUUUAGCGUAUGCUGGCUUUUGCGCCUGUGCGUAAUAGAGUGUGUGUAUGAAAAUAAUAAUCUUAACCUUAUUUUCUACAAUGUUUUUUUUUUCGGUAGCAUUUUUUACAUAACAUUUAAAAUCCGUUCCUCUCAGGAAGUGUAACUAGAGAAUAAGAAAAAUAAAUCAUUCACCAUGUCCCAAGAAAAAAUUGAACAGGCAAAGUUACUUUUAACCAUAAUAAAAUUCAAGUACCAAAAAUACCACCCAUAUUGGUUCAUAUUUUAUAUGUAUGUAUUGUAUUUACGAACUAUCAAAAGAAAUGUGAAAUACACUUUGACACCUAUCGCAGUUGAAGAUAUUAUAAAAAUUGUAAAUGUUAAAAGUCCCUUAAGAGACAUAAAUAAUACUGUUAUAGUAAACAGUGAUAAUAUUUACAAAAGUGAUAAAAUUUUAAAAUUAUAUUGCGAUAAAACUAAAUCAAGUAGGAAUAUAUACCCAGUACCAAAUGAAAAUUGUGAUAAAAACAAACUUUUCAUAUCCGAUACUUUUUACAAUAAUUUAUUGAAUCAAAAUUUCAUAGGCUCUGUAAGACUAUUAAACAAUAUUAACUGUAUUAAAGUUGCUGAUGAAAUUAGCAUAUCUUUAGUAUGUUCGCAACAUGAAAUCAGUAACUCUUUAUUGGAUUCUUUAUUAGAGAGAUAUUUCAGGAAACCAAAACUAAUAAGAAAAUAUGAUAUAAUUGAAAUUGAUAUUAAAUACUUUGCAGAACCUUUAUCUUUAUUAAAUAGUAGUGUAAACAGUGUACAUAGUAUUUUCUUGAAAUGUAACAAUGUUAGUUAUAAUAAUAAUUAUGUUGAUGGCUGUUAUUACUGUGUUUGGGGCGAAACUGCAAUUAAACAAAGUGUUAACAUACAAAGUUUUGUACCAAAGAGAACAACAAAGUUGAUAAAAAGUACUAAUAAAGGUUUCAAAACAUUACCCAUUUGCCCUUAUGGUUUACAAGAAUAUUUUGAUGAAAUUGAACUGGCCAUAAAACCAUUUUUAAGAAAAUCAAAGUUAUCAUUACAGCCAACGUUUCUACUGGUUGGAGAUAGAGGAUGUGGAGAAGACAUUAUUUUAUCCUCCCUUGCGCCACAUUUUGGCAUGCAUCAUUACAGGAUUGAAAAUUACGAGUUAAUGGCGAACAUUUUUGCUCAAAACGAGACAAAGUUACAUAAUUGUUUCUUCAAUGCAAAGGCAGCAGCACCAUGCAUAAUCUCUAUGCAUAAUUUUGAGAAUUUUGGCAAGAACAAUGAUGGUCAAUAUGAUGAACGUCUUAUUGGUCAUUUUUCAGAUGAAUUGAAAUUUUUAUUUGAAAAUAACUCUUAUCCGAUUGUACUGUUUUGCUGCAGUAAUCAAAAAGAUAUUUCUGUAAAUUUAAAACACCUAUUUUUACAAACUUUUGAAAUAAAGACAUCAACAGAUAUACAAAGAGAACUAAAUUUAAAGUGGAUUUGUGAAGAAAAAGAUGAAAUAACUGACCUUGAUUUUCAUGACUUAGCCAAUAAAACUCAUGGAUUUGUCUUCGAAGAUCUUAAAGCAUUGGUUUAUCAUGCAGAAAAAACCUCUCGAUGCUCAAAUAAUUGUAAAAUAAUCAACAUGGAAAGUUUCAUUGAAGCAAUUGAUUACAUGCAAAGAAAUUAUAAUGAAAGUAUAGGAGCUCCCAAAGUACCCAAAGUGUUGUGGUCUGAUGUGGGCGGUUUGAAUGACGUGAAACAAGAAAUAAAUAAAAUUAUAAAUUUACCACUGAAACAUCCAGAAAUAUUCAGAAAAACAGGUUUAAAAAGAUCGGGAAUUCUUUUUUUUGGACCUCCAGGCACGGGAAAAACAUUGAUUGCAAAAGCCGUUGCAACAGAAUGUAAUAUAUGUUUUCUUUCAGUGAAGGGUCCAGAACUGUUAAAUAUGUAUGUAGGUCAGUCAGAAAAAAAUAUUAGAGAAGUUUUCAAAAGAGCCCGAGAGGCAUCACCUUGUAUAAUAUUCUUCGAUGAAUUAGAUUCCUUAGCACCCAAUAGGGGAAAAUCUGGUGAUUCAGGCGGAGUUAUGGACCGCGUGGUGUCACAACUUCUAGCUGAAAUGGAUGGAUUGAAUGAUUCAGCGACAAUUUUUAUUAUCGGAGCUACUAACAGACCUGAUCUAAUAGAUCCAGCAUUAUUGAGACCUGGACGUUUUGAUAAAUUAUUAUAUAUUGGACCUUGUAUAGAUGAAGCUUCAAAAAUAUCUGUAUUAAAAGCGCUUACUAGAAAAUUCAAAUUGAGUUGUGAUGUAGAUCUCUCAGCAGUGGUCAAAAUUUGUCCAAAAAAUAUAACAGGUGCUGAUUUUUAUGGUAUUUGUUCACAAGCAUGGCUUUUUGCCACAAGAAGACUCAUUAAGAGAAUAGAAAUUGGUGAAAUAUCUGCAGAUUUUACAAAUUCUGAAGAUGUUAUUGUGAAUUUUGAUGAUUUUAAGAACGCUAUGGUUAACGUUAAACCAUCAAUUAGUUCAGAAGAUAUGAAAUAUUUCGAAAAAUUGAAAUUAGAGAUGAGUUUAAAGACAUAAAAUAAUUUUCGAUGGGUUAAUAAUUAUCUAUGGUGAAUUCCACACUUCAAAUAGUUACUCAAACCUCCAAAAUGCUGGUUACUGUUUCAUUUUAAUAUCUUUCAGUGACUCAAGCUUGUUAAUUUCAAAUUUAAUUGUGAUAAAAUUUUGAACAUAAUUCAAAGUUGGGAAAUUCUUGUAUUAAAUAUUUCAUUAUUAGUGAUUUAGAUAGAAAUAGUUACCUCCUAGCUCUCUCUAUCCCAUUUCGCGUUUACUGUGGUUCCGAAAUAUGUGUACUGUAUAGUGAUUAAGACAGGAGACCGGCCCCGUUCUCAUCCCUACUCUGUAUUGUUUGCUGGGUAAGAGGUGAGAAUGGUAGACACCUGGCAAGAAUAUCUGAUCGAUUGAUAGUUGAUCAGUUGCUGACCGUCAAGUGUGAAAUAUACGAAAUUAUAGGAAUUUAAAAUUCUAAAUAAGAAUUUACCGAACUACAAUUAUUAUAUUCGAUUGACAUCUUGCAACCCUAUUGCGGAUCUGCGAAUAAAAAUAAAAAAAGUAAAAAUCGCGAUGGAAAAAUUGAGAGUAAUAUGAAUUUUUUUUCUUAAUCAUGACAUGACAUGAUGUUUAUAACGGUCAAAUGAUUAAAUUCUGUUAAGUCUGUACUUCACUAUAGUUGUUAUUUGUUUUUGACAACAUCAAAGUAUUUUUAUAUAGUGAACGAAAAGGGAAGAGAAAUUUUUUUACUUAAACUCACUCUUACAAAUUUGAAUAAUAUAUGGGUGGUGUAGAAAAGAUUAUAUAAAGGUGAACACUUUUUAUUGGGAAUUAUAAAAUAUUUCUAUUCAAUUUCAUAAUAUUGGACGAAUUACUGUCAUAUAUUAUUUUUUUACCUUCAAAAAUACAGUAUCCUUUUAGAUUGGAGACAUCUUAAAUUCACAACAUUAAAAAGGAUUUGGUGAACAAAUCUAAUAAAAAGAUAUUCAUAUUUUGAGCUUUUAACCAGUUUGAUUAUGAUUUGUAUUGUUUUGAGGUCUUUUCAGUUUAUAUCAGCUAAUAAUAAUCUUGGAUUUUUUAACUUAUUCGCCCAGUAUAUCGAUAUUACUAUCAAACGAGUUUUGCUAAAUGUCGAUGUUAACCCUAUAAAUAAAAUACAAUUAAAUACAAUUAAAUUUCUUUUUUAAUUAGCAAUUCGUAAAAAGCCCAAUGUUUAGAAGAUUCGUCAUAACGAUUAUUUCUACUUAGUUGACAGAAAUUUUUAUUCCUAUAAAUAUUGUUGCUGACGUAUUUAUCAUAGAAGGAAGACAACCACCAUUUCUACUAUAGCUGUUUUUUUAAAAUCAUACUUAUAUAUUUUUUCAAGAUUAAAUCUAAAUUUUCUCAAUUUAAUAAUAAAAAUGAUGGAAUAUUGUAUAUUUAAAAAAUAUUAAGAAAUCACAAAUAUAAAUCUUGCUCCAUUGAUUGGUUAAAAUUCACAUUUGGCAACUAAAUAACAAUUUAUUUAAAACUGAAAAAGCAUCGAAUUUACAAUGGAUCGAAGGGAUAGACAACAAUAGUGAAAAAUAUCCAAAAUUCUGGGAUUUACAAACAACAAAACUUCACAUAAAAACUCAUGGGAACCUGAGAGUCUUCAUUCUACGAUUUCAUUAAACUGAUUAUGUUCUAUUUUUAAGAUUAUUAAAUAGAUUUGUGAUAUAUUUGAAAAACUACUUGGCUAUAUACAUUUUAAAUUAUUUUUAUAUAUACAUUUCCAAUAAUAAAUGUUUUUAAAUUUUGAAUAAUUUUUUUAUUUCAUUCUUCCAAAUUUUUUUCCUGUACUCAUUUCAUUAUACAUAAUUCAAAUAUCUGAAUCUUAAA